AUGUCUGCACCGUGUCAUCUAAAGGACCUUUCAUGGAGCAGAUCAGAGAGCUCUCUGCUGGACUUGGAUGACGGAAACCCUAUAAGGAAUGACUGGACAGAUGACAAAGAAAAUGAAUUGGAUCUGAAGUUCCUUUGGUCUGAAGACUUAAAGCAAGGUCCCCCUGAUGGGUUUAAGACAAAUCCAUUUUGGAAGGAACUGUCAGCAUCUAACCCUUUUCUAGAUGAUGUAGCCCGGUCAAGCAACAAAGAAAAAAGUAAUCGAUGUAUCUCCAUCUUAAAAGAAGAUCCCCAAUUAUUUUCUAAAGACUCAAAUAACAGGGAUUCUGCUGCUUCAUCUGGAGAUGAGUUAAAUAUUGAUUAUCUUUUUCUUCACAAAGCUUCAAGGGGAUCAGCAAAAUCUAGGAGUGCUUCAGAUCUUCUGGAUAUUGUAUGCACUAAGACAUUUGAACUUCCUUGCACAGAACCGUCCAACCAUAGCCAACCUUCAGGUUGUGAAUCACUUCAACAUGAUCGUGAAGCCUAUAAGACAGUGUGGUUGAAUCAACGACAGCUGGCCCGGUCUUGCCUGGAUUUGAAUAUGAUAAAUCAAAGUCCAGGAUGGGCACAGACCCAAUCUAUAGAAACCCAUGUAGUGUGCAAAGUGGAUCACAAGGGUGGCUCUGUUCAGCUUCCUGACUCAGAUAUUGCUGUUCAUUUCCCUGAAGGUCAUGUAGCAUUUGGAGAAUUCCAAGAGGUUGGCUUACAGGCAAUCCUUGACUCUCCAACUUCACUUAAUCAUGAGUUUUCCAUCACUGUGAGCCCAUUGAUUGAACUUACAUUAAGUAACCUCAAUACCACAGAAGCCAUUUUGGUUGAAAUGAAAAUUGCAGCAGAAGUGAAGAAGGACCCUUUUAGUCAGGUUAUGACUGAAAUUGUAUGCCUGUGUGGUCUCAAUAAAGAAGGCCCAUUUGAAAAAAUACACAGUUGCUAUGUUUAUAAAGAUACUAUACAAGUGAAGCUGACAGAUCUAAGCCACUUGAUGUACAUUGUCACUGUAGCCCAAACAAAUUCAGUGAAUUCGCCAGCAAGUCCUUGGGAAUACAUCCACAGAAAACUUUCAGUUGGCAUUUAUGGACCCAAACAUAUCCAUCCAUCUUUCACUGUUGUGUUUGCAUUGUUUGCCCAUAGCUAUGUUCCAGAGAAACUUAGAGUAUGCGACAUUAAAAAGGGUGGGAGGAGCAUGCCUCCAGUUGUUUUCCAGCUCUGGGGGAAGCACACAUUCAUGCUUGAGAAGCCACAAGAUCUUAACAUUUCUGUAGCCUCGUGUGACCCUGAUUUUGAAGUAAAGGAAGAAGAUCAAAGGAAAGUUAUUACAGAAGGAACAUUAAAAAGAGGUGGCAAGGUGGUUCACCAACACUUCCCAUUUUCUGUGCUCAGUGCAAAUAAAAUACAUCUGUUUGUCUUCCGUGUCCAGGUCAAAGUCCCAAACAACAACCCAGUAUGCCAGUUCUACAUUACAACCCCUGAGCCAGCUCCAAAGUUGUUCACUGGCAUGUUUAAUAAACCAAACCGACUAGAAAAGCGCAAGGAGAUUAAAUCUGCACCGCUGCUGUCAGUACCAACAGUGAAAUACCCUGUCUUUCAAAAUAAGGUUGUAAAUGUUGCCCGCUAUGGCAUAGCUUUGAAAACAGUGUUACGUCAAACUAAAAUUGACUAUUUGCUAGAAUAUUUUAAAGGUGACACAAUAGCACUUCUUGGUGAAGGUAAGGUCAGAGCUGUGGGGCAGACUAAAAUAAAAGAGUGGUAUGUGGGAGUUCUCAGAAGGAAGGUUGGCCUGGUUCAUUGCAAAAAUGUCAAAGUGAUAGCCAAAGAUCAAGCUAUGGAUAUCAAGGACAGUGCCAUUACGACCAACUGUCUCCUUGAACAUAUUGCAUUGCCUUUUAAAAAACUGACUUAUAUCUAUUCAGCAAUCUUAUCCACAGUAUCAGAAAAAAUGUAUGACUGGAAAGCCUUGGCUGAUGCUCUUGGAUUAUCACCCAUGUCACUGAAUGAUUUCAGUGAGAUACAAGGUGAGAAAGAAUCAGAAAAAGUUGCACAUGUUGUGAAGAAACUCAAGGAAGUCUGCCAUGGUAACCGGAGCACAAGACGUUUCCUCUAUGAGCUCUCUGUUGCUUUUCUGAAGCUCGAUUGCCAAGGAUUACUAGCUCGCAUUACACAGGACACCAUCAUUUUUACUUCAGCUGUAAAACUGGGGAAAGGCUGGAGAGAACUGGCAGAAAAAUUAGCCCGGCUCACAAAACAGCAGAUCGAAGCUUAUGAAACCCCCCACCGUGGUAAAAGUGGAGACGUUCCUCCAGAGAUGAUGUGGAAACCAGCAUAUGAUUUUCUGUAUACCUGGGGAGCUCACUAUGGAGACAGCUGCAGAGACAUGUUGCAAGAUCUGCAAUCUGCACUGGACAAAAUGAAAAAUCCUGUGACUAAACAGUGGCGAGAAUUAACUGGAGUCCUCAUUCUGGUCAACUGUAUGGAGAUUCUCCAGGCAAAUGCUUUCUCCAGGAUCGAUCAGGAGUAACACUUGUCUUCCAAUCCAGU